CCAUAACAAAUAUUCUUCUUAACUCAUGACUAGGGUGAUACAAAAAUAAAAUGCAGUUCACUCAUUGUAUUCGAGACGUCCUUUUCAUAGCUGUAAGCGGCAAGAGAAAUAAUAGAAGAUACAAUACAGAGCUCUUUAGGCCAUGGAGAAUUGUGCGAUUUACUUUAAAUAAAGACAUUGUUAAGGAUCUUAUAAAUAAUUUAUAUAUUUUAUUGAACCUGUAUCGCCUCUGAAUUUCUAAAGUAGGAACAGGGUUAUAAGUCUAAAAGUCACAUAUAUCCCCGAAGCAUGGGUUCAUUCAUUGUAUUCAAGUGUGUCUGCUUCAUGUCACUUUAUAUUAAACAAGGGUAUACUAAGAGAAGAAGGGUUUAUAGAAAACACAGUGCUACCAUACUGAAAACAGACAUUUGACCUAGUUUUAUCAGCAUGCUAGACAAAAUAUAUCCCUGUGUAAAAUUCAGAUUUUCAUUCACGCAUUAUCCAGAGUUUAGUUUUCAUCCACAUUUUGUCUUCAUAUAUAAAUGUAAACUAAAUGUUAAAUUAGAUGAAUGCAUUUAGUGAGAAUAAGUGGCCACUAAAUGACUGGCUGACAGCCACGCUGCUGUUCCGGCCUAAUCCUAAACCCGCCUCCCUCAUCAUAAUCUGAUUAGCUGCAGUGUCUGCCAGCGAGUCUGUGCAUAUGUCCAUUUGUGUCUCUUUGUGCCUGCAACUGUGCAUGUGUGACACGCGAGACAAGCGGGAUUAGCAGAAGACACUGAAACGCAAACACAGUUUAGGUCUUUAGUUAGGCUUGGUAACGGAUGAGCAGAUCUGUAUCCACAAUGCCUGUGUUUUAUUCACCUGUCCAUGAGAACAUGCAGGUGGGCCUGGCCUACAUGGGAGGCUCAGUGUUCACCAACAACAGGACAGCAGAUAGUGACUUCACCCGGGAGCAGGAGGACACAUUUGGAGUGAAUGAGUCAGUCUCUCACCUUCCCCUGCAGAUGCUUCUGUACUUUAACAUGUUUUACUUCCCCUGUUGGUGGUUCUCUGCUGUGUUCAUGCUGGAAGUAAAGUUCUAUCAUCUGCCGGGAUAUUACCAGGCUCUGCUUAUAACUGGGAUGAUCCUCCUCACAGUGAUUGAAGUUGUCCGACUUUAUCUGGGCUUCAUUGGCAACCUUAAGGAAAAGGUGCCAGAGCUCGCAGCCUUCUGGCUUCUGUCUUUCAUGUUCCAGCUGCCAGUGCUGCUCUUCUUCCUGACUGAUGAAGGAAUUAUCAUCCUGCCUCUGGAGAGAGCUCUCCACUCGCUGUACCUCCUCUUCCUCCUUGCUCAGAUCUUGGCUUCCUUCCUGGCACUCAGGACUAUGACCCGAAAGCUCACCCUCCUCUUCCAUCUGCGCGAGUUUGGCAAGGUGGAGAGUUUCCGCCACGCAGGAAUGAGCCCUGUCUACGGGUUGCCCUACCAUCGAAGUGUGCUGCCUGUGUCACCGACCCAUCAUACAUUUCACUAAAAAAAAAAAAAAAUCAGUCUUAUUUUAAGAUGUUUUUUUUAUUAUUUGGCAUAGCUCUACACGAUGGCUGUGAGACAGAUCUGAAGAUGCUGAGAUUUUUGUUGGGAGUGAACAGGAUGGACAGGAUUAGAAAUGAGCAUAUUUGAGGGACAGCUCGGGUUGAACAGUUUGGAGAUGAAGUAAGAGAGGCAAGGUUGAGAUGGUUUGGUCACGUGCAGAGAAGGGAUAGAGAUUAUAAUGGACUAAGGAUGUUGAAGAAGGAGCUGCCGGGCAAGAGGGAAAAGAGACGGUUCAUGGGUGUUGUGAAGGAGGACAUGAGGAGAGAAUACACCUCCAUGAGUUGGAGGCAGAUGAUUCUCUGUGGCAAACUCUAAAGAGAGAAGCCGAAAGAAGAUUUGCUUUGUUAAGAGCAAACAGUUCCUGUUCCUAAAACGUACGUAUAUAUGUAUAUGUAAUAUGUACUUAAACUUUCACAGUUUGGGUUACUAAUUAAAUAGAAACAUUCAAACUCACUGUCACACCUAUGGGAAAUGUAGUCCCUCCAAAUUAAAGCUGCAGCAAUGUCAUCCUUUGUUUAAGUCUCAAACACUCAAGAUCAGAGAUAAUCACAAUAUUCUCAUAUUUGGGCCAAAUCUUCUCAUAUAAAUCCAGAUCCGGACAUCCUCAGGAAGAAGCUUUUAUUAUUUGAUAUACAAAAGAAUAAGGAAAACAAUGAUGCCAGACUUGCUGUUGUUGUUACUCAACAAAAGAUGACAUUUUUAACCCAAAUGCAGCAGACUCUGUGAAAUAUUUAUGACCACACAGUGGCAGUCAGUGACCAUAGGAAGGAUGGGGAGCAUUUCACAGUGCUGCAUAGUCCAAUGAGAAUAGAUUAUCAUGCAGCACAUGUCCUGAUCAGGGAACCCUCUGACAGAGGAAUAAAGGUUACGCAUGUUCUCACUUGAACGCAAUACAUUAUUUGGUAAUCUAUAGGUCCAGUCUGCAUGGAAAUCAAGUUUUGUCGUCUACACCUUUUUCUUUUUUUAAUUCUUUCUUGACUUAAAAUGAUUUCUCACAUGUUAAAUGACACGUCUGUAGGCAGCAUUUGUUGGUCUGUUUAUUGUGUCUUUGUUAAUGAGAAAUUAUUUGUGUCAUAUGAGGUUGUGCGAGAGACAGUGACUGUGAUUCUCUUUCGACUCCACUUUCCACUCAGGAAACAACAGGCUGCAGUGGCUGCUGCUCUGCUCGUGGAAAAAAGAGGAUGGUUAUAGUGGUGGAUGUGAUGUCAUUUACUGGAUAAAAAUGAAAUGAACAUCAGUUGAUUUUU